AUGUACAAUCCCGUCGCAGUGAGCUACGCCCUCGCAUCUGCUCUCGCAAUGUCGACCUCACCACCUCACCAUCAGCCCCGAUCCUCGGAGAUCCAAUACUGCAACCCUCUACCCUAUGGCGCCGGCCCCGUCCCAUCACCCGACACAGCGGACGCCUUCCUCGCCUCCCGCGAACUCUUCACGAUCGCCAAAGCCGCUUCAACGCCCUCUGGCUACACUCAAGCCUACGCCAACCUCCACGCCUCGAGCACCGCGUCCGACUACCUUGGUUUCGUGCCGCUGGACACGUACAACACUAGCGAGUGCUCCUCUCAGUGCGACAUCCGUUCCGGAUGUGCGUCGUUCAACAUCUUCUUCGAGCGGGCGCCCCUGCAGCAUGUCGGCGACGCGUGCAAGGAUCCUGACAGCACGACGAUGAUCAAGUGCGUGCUUUGGGGCGGGAAGGUCGGAGUGAAGAAUGCGGAGAACGAAGGUUACAAAGUCGAGGACUUUGAGGUCAAGAUCGCGGGGUCGAAUGGGUACAUCAAGAUUGGGAAACCGGCUGGAGGACAGACUACUGGUGGAGGAAAGAGUGGGUGAGUGGUGAUCUUUCUCACUUGUGUACGAAGCCUUUUCCCUUUGUAUUGUCGACUUGGAAACGUAUUGGAGCUGAUGAAGGGUGCUUUAGGUCGAAGGGUGCUGAGAAUAGUGUGGCGG